AGAAUCGCUUAUCAUUCACCUUGAUCCCCAAGACUUCUUUCUCGCCACUGAUUUUGAAUCACAAUAGGAAUCCUUGGAAAACCGAUCUGUUCUAGUUGCUCAUCCCCAAGAAGAAAACGGUUGAUCUAAACUAAGAUGCUAAUCAAUGUUCCUCAAAAACUCAACGACGUGACAAAACGAUAUGCGGCAAUUGUUAGUCCUCCAGCAGCUUGUGCAUGUUUUAUGUAUAGACCUUGUGCAUUCGUUUCACUCUCAUUCUUCGUACGUCGUAUCCUUCAUUAAAAAAGAAUUUUCAACUUCAUCAAGAAAAUGAGCGGUCCCACUGCUCGUCGUCUCGUUGCUGGCGAUGGUCCUCAGUUGAGGAACGCGAAGCUCUUCCCCGAUGCCAAAGCCUUCCAAUGCAGUAAGUAUGCUUCGUUUAUCAAGAAGCGAUUGCAGGUCUGGGAUAAGGUUUACGCCAAGCACCAAGCGGCGGAAGCUGCGAAACCAAGAAAAGACAUCACCAUCGAAUUGCCCGAUGGCAAGCAGCUACCGGGAAAGUCGUUCGAGACGACGCCCUUGAGCAUUGCGACGGGAAUAUCGAAGAAAUUGGCGGAGGCGGUGUGUGUGGCGAAAGUACUUAAAUACACUUCCAGAAAGAGGCGCUCUUUACGCCUUAAUUCAAUUACAAGUCCUAAUAAUUUAUAAUUUCUGUGGUUUAAAUACACUCACAGAUGCAGAUGAGAGUGAUUGAUACAUUUUUUCAAUCGAGAUCUCCGAAAAUGAAGAUGCUCACAAUUUUUUUCAAGAUGAAUAGAUCUUCAGGACAAUGGGUGAAUGGAACGGGUGCUGCUCCUGCUGCGCGGGAAGCGCGAUGUUGAGAUCAUAGCCCUGGCGCAUAUGCUUGUCUUGCAUGAUAGCGCUUUUGAUCAUCAUCAUAUUUCAAACCCAGCCGCUCUUGCCCUGCAUGCGCAAUAGCGGCCACCUACACGUCGGACGCCCCUGACGUGUUCCGCUGGUUGCCAUGAGCCUGCGCGUACCAGCUUUGCUCUUUCGCCUUUGCUCUGACGUGUUCCGAUGGUUGCCAUGAGCCUCUGCACUUUCGCCUUGCUCGGGUCAUGCGGGAUCAAAUCUAAGAGCGGCGGUAGCAGACGACUUCCAUCAGGAUCAGCGACAUACCUCUAGAAAAAUGUUCUACUUCUAGUAGUACAACGGCCUUUUUAAUACACCAUGAGAUCGACGAUCAUCAUCAACAACUACUACAGGUCUACUACAAGGAAGCCGUUGCUAGUGAUGUAGUCGCAGCCGACGAAGAAAUAGAGACAGAUGAGGAGAACUCAGAUGACGAGGAGGAGGAGAAAGAGUCCUUCGUUCUAUGGGACCUUAGCAGGCCGCUGGAAGGAAGCUGUACAACUACUUACUCUUGAUAACAAUUAUGUUCAUCAAGGAACAAGAAGAAGUAGAACUAGAAGCAGCAAAUUUGUUCGGAUUUUUCUGGAAUGUUGAACUUGAAAGAGGUGCUACGUACAACUAGUAGUUCUUGCGCCAGCUAAUCUCGACUUCCAAUCUGAGAAGAUCUCUACUCCUGUCCUUAUAAAGCUAUCCGUAUCCACCUCUUUUCAACUUGAAUCAGGUAAAAUCGAGUUAUUGAAAUUCGACGAUAUCCAAGGGUCAGAAGCCUUCUGGCAUAGUUCCUCACACCUUUUGGGAUGGGCAAUCGAGCAGGAAUAUGGCGCACAUCUUACGAUCGGACCAUCGACUUCGAAGGGGUACUACAAUUUCAAUUUGACUUGUGAUUUAUGACCAUCUUUGACUUGUGAUCUGUACUUAUUUGAUUUUGUCUACAAUUUCAAUUUGACUUGUGAAGAUUUGUAGUAUUUGAUUUGGUUGAACCAAAAAUGAAGUAGUUGUUUGGACUACUUUCAAGAUUUUAGGAUUAGAAGCAAGACCAAGAUCAACGCCGCCAGGUUCUACUACGACGCUUUCUUCGGCGAGAAGAAGAUGUCCACCGUGGACGAUCUUCCCAAGCUGGAGGCUAAAAUUGGCGAAAUCGUAAAGAAGAAUGAACCUUUCAUCCGCUGUGCUAUCACGAAAGAAGAUGCCCUUGAGAUGUUUGGAGACAAUCCGUUUAAGGUCCAGCUCAUCACGAAUAAAGUGCCGGAUGGUGCUAUGACUAGCGCUUACAGAUGUGGCGAUUUGAUCGAUCUCUGCAGAGGACCGCAUCUGCCGACCUCGGGAAGAGCCAAGACCUUCUGGAUUAACAAGAAUAGUGCGAGUUUUUGGUAGUUCUUCACUUCUUUAUUCCCUUGUAUCUUUGGUUUUCGUUAUUUCUACUUUUUAUAACUUGAACAAUACCGAAACAUACUCACAUGAUUAAAACUUCUUGCCACUUACGAAACAGACUCUCUCUCCAUCACAACUCUUCAACUCCAACCAGGUUGGGCAAAGACACCAACGACAGCUUGCAGCGAAUCUAUGGUAUCUCCUUCCCGUCCGACAAGGAAAUGAAGGAACACAAGAGACAGUUGGAGGAGGCGGCAAAGAGGGAUCAUCGUGAAAUCGGCAAGAAGCAGGAAUUGUACUUCUUCUCUGAUUACUCUGCUGGAAGUUGCUUCUGGAUGCCACACGGAGCUAGGAUCUACAACAGGCUUGUAGAAUUCAUGAGAAGGGAAUACGCGAUCAGAGGAUUUCAUGAGGUAUACUAUAAAUAUAAAUAUAUGUAGUUUUUGCUUAUUUUGUACUUUUUGCUUUUGGCUAAUGUUAAAUAAUUCAGGAAGAUCAUUAUCAGGUCGUGAUUGUCUGAAAUACAACUUUCUUUUUGAUACAUCCACCGAUUGGCAUUCUCUUUUUCUUCUCGCCGAGAUGCUAAGAAAAGAUCGUGUAUCUACUCCACUCCACUCCACCACCAGGUGAUCACGCCCAACUUGUACCACGAGAGUCUCUUCAAGGCUUCUGGCCAUUACUACAAGUACAAGGACGACAUGUACAACAUGGACAUCGAAGGUGAAAAGUGGUUCCUCAAGCCGAUGAACUGUCCUGGUCACUGCGUGGUUUUCUCCCAUCGUGUCCGCAGUUACAAGGAAUUACCCUUCCGCAUGGCUUCCUUCGGUGUGCUCCAUCGUAACGAGAAGUCCGGUUCUCUAUCCGGUUUGACCCGCGUCCGCAGGUUCCAACAGGAUGAUGCACAUAUUUUUUGCCGCAUGGACCAGAUCAGAGACGAGAUCCGUAGUGCCUUAGCGUUCGUGAAGUUCAUGUACGACACUAUUGGAUUGGACUUCAAGAUGAAGCUGUCCACGAGGCCAAAAAAGGCCAUUGGUUCGAAAGAGGUCUGGAACAACGCAGAGAAGCAAUUGGAAGCAGCACUGAACGAGAGUGGCAAGGAGUGGACCUUGAACAAGGGAGAUGGCGCUUUUUACGGUCCGAAGAUCGAUUUCAAGGUGAAGGAUGCGAUUGGCCGAGAACACCAAUGUGCUACGAUCCAGCUGGAUUUCUGCCUGCCCAUGCGAUUCAACCUGCAGUACCGCACCAAGGAGAACGAGGAUGCGGCUGCAAACGAGGCUGAGGCCGCAAAAGCAGCAGCGGAACAAGAAAAAGGACAAAAGGCCGAGAAAGGUGAAAAGGGAGCAGCAAAGAAGGAUGCGAACAAGAAGAAAGGAGCUGCUGCUGUUGCUGCGCCAGCGGAGGGAGCUGAGCCGUCAUCUGGUACUGAAAUGAUAGAAACUCACUGGAGAAGAUGUAUCUUCUAUACAUGGUCGAUAAUCUUGAUGAAUGUCGGAACCCUUUAAAACACUUCUCCAAUAGUAUCCUUACGCAAAUACAACUAAGUACAUCCACGACCUCUAGGUUCAUCCGCCCCAGCUGCACCAGUUGACGACGCGGCUCUUAAAGCCGCAAAAGAAAAGAAGAUGGAGGCACAGGGUCUGGAAGGUACCUUGAAACCUGGCCACGAACGACCUGUCAUGGUUCACCGAGCGAUCUUAGGAAGUGUGGAACGAUUCACCGGUACUUAUGAAGUUGAUGUAACUUUUUAAUCUCUCACUACUAGGAUAAUUAGGUGGAACAUAUUAAUGUUACACUGUAGGAACAUAUUCAUGUUACACACUGUCUGAACAAGAUAUCUCUGUAAUUCUUGUUGUCUUAAAAAUGUUUGUAAUCGUACUUCAAAAUAUCCUCCACCUCCAUCACCAUUCACACUCAACAACUAACAGGUAUCCUCUGUGAGCACUAUGGCGGAAAGUGGCCAUUCUUUAUUUCUCCCAGACAAGUGAUGGUUGUUCCGACGCACGCUGGCCUCAACAGUUACUGCGAGUGGGUCGCUGAGCAGUACAGAAAUUUCGGUCUUUUCGCCGACGCCGACAUCAGUAGCAAGACCAUGAACAAGAAGGUCCGAGAGGCGCAAUUAGAACAGUACAACUACAUCGCCAUCUGCGGUGAGAAGGAACAAGGUAAACUAAGUGUGGAUUUGCGUGAUCGUGACUUGGGAAGGAGUAUUGGUAUGUUCACGGUCACUAAGAGUGUGGAGAUGUUCUUGGCCAAGACCUUCCCGAACAGCAAGCCUGCCAACGUGUUUGAUUCCUUCGAGGGACAGACUCCGGAGAGCGUAGGUGGAGCAGCUGCGCCAGCUCCCACGGCAGUGGAGGACAAGAAGGUCGCGUCUGGACCUUCCUCAUCUGAAGAAGGUGGCGCUUCGUCAUCUUCUGUUGCGGAGAAGAGUGGAAAGCAGAAUGCUGCUCCAGCUAAGAAUGGAGGGAAGCAAAGCAAUGUCAAUGCUGGAGCAGGUGGUAACAACAAGGGCAAUGCACAAGCAAAGAAUGGAAAUGCAGCACCUGCUAAAGCUUCAUCAAGCGGAAGCUCCGCAGCGUCUCUACCACCAGCUCCUGGAGGUAAGUCGUGGGAAAGCCAUUUUGCUGAGUUUCCGUACGUAGAUGGCUAUGUUUGCGGUGCUGCAGACAGAGAUCUCUCCACGAAGUUCAACGCGGAAAGCGCAAAGAGUCUAGGUGUCAACACUGAGCGCUGGUUCUCUCACGUGCAGAACCUGGUGCAGAGCAACAGCAUCUAGAGGAGGUGGAAUUGGUAAGAGACAAGGAUCUUCAUAUUUAUUACAUUUGAAAAGUUGUUUUACAACAACAACAUUUUGGAGAAGCAUAUAAAGGAGUGGAAUGUGAUAUCUUUGUCCUUGUUACCCAAGCAGGUUCACACACGAAGAACUUACAUGAACCUGCAGAUGUUGAAUACUUUUUCAGUGCUGGUAGCUUUUAUCGCCUGUUUUCAACUGCAGGACUUUCACUGCAAGACUUCGACUACAUCGUGACCAACUACAUUCCUCCAUACUCCAGCAUUCAUACUUCAGCAUUUGUUUUUUACUGAUUGUAUCUAUCACAUCAAGAUCAAAAUCUAGUCAAUCAUACUACAUAGUUAGGUUCGUAGCGUAUUGGGGCUUGCCUAAGCGCACAGGUAGCCCAUAAAAAGCAUGUUGAGUGGUACACUGCCUUCACCUUUGCGAUAGGCAUCUAUAUCUCGAGAGUUUUUAACCUCUGCAACUGCAUUUUUUACAGGGAUCAAGCACCCUGUUGAGAAAUGCUGCAUGUAGUAGUUCAAGACUUUUGAGAAUUCAGAAUUGUCUAUUGCCUACUCUGAUUGAUCCGAACAAGACAAAAAUGGACGAAACAAGUUUAACGUUUUUUGGCAAGAAGUAAAAGACUCAGGCUACUCGAAGCUAUAAGAACUUCGAGUUGUGUAUCUACUUCUAGGAGACGUCAUACAAUGACAAUACUAGACACUCAUUGUAUUUUUGCUAGUAAGAAAAGUUUGGAUAAUUUCUUGGCAAAGAAACCUCCAAAUAUGCGAUGAACUAUACUAAUACUUCCAUGUUGUUGUUAUUGAAGUUGAACAUCUUACAGAGCACGAAUCCAUGUCUUCGUCUUGUUUUGCUUUUUGAAGCUGUAGUAAUGAUUACUUCUUCUUUCACCAGAUCUUCUUUGAGUAGAUCUUUGCCCUAAAAAUUGCAAGUCACCACUUUUCCUUUCCUUCCACGCCUCUUACCAGUACCACUCAU